AUGGCGGACCUCUCGAGCAAGGCCUUGGGUGGCCAGCCGCUGAGGACCUCAGGGCGGCACUUUGUCGACGGCUAUGGCCGGAUUGUGCAGAUGAGAGGCUUCAACGUGAGCGGAGCAUGCAAGCUACCUAUACGAGCAGACGGCAGCUCGCAAUCAUCAGAGAGCUAUUUCGACCACCGGAAUGUGUCUUUUGUCGGCCGCCCGUUUCCCCUGUCUAAGGCGCCUUUUCAUUUCGCCAGGCUGCGCGCCUGGGGUCACACGCUCAUUCGUCUCACCGUCACCUGGGAGGCACUUUCGCACAAGGGUCCCGCUGAUAUCGACGAGGAGUACGUUGCGUACCUCGAAGCGCUGCUCGACCUGAUGCCACAGUACGGCAUCAAAUGCAUCGUUUGCGCCCACCAGGAUGUAUGGAGCCGGUACAGCGGAGGCAGCGGCGCUCCUGGCUGGACAUUUGAGAAAGUCGGCCUCGACGUUGAAAGAUUCAAAGCAACCGGCGCCGCUUUUGUUCAUGAAUUGCAGGGUGGCGCAGAUGAGAGGAAAACGUCAAAGAAACCCGAGCCCGUAGGCGCCUUUGUCUGGCCUUCCAAUUAUCAGAAGCUGGCAGCGGUCACGAUGGCAACACUCUUCUGGGCUGGCGAUAUAUUCGCUUGGAAACUCAAGUUGAAGAACGAUCUUUCGUCAACGUCAACGGGUGACGGAGACCUUUCGAUUCGCGAGUACCUCCAAACAGCCUACAUUGAAGCCUUUGGGCACCUGGCCGAUGUUCUUGCAAAGAAGGAGGCGCUUGUCGGGUUCGACAUCAUGAACGAGCCCCAUCGAGGCGCCGUAGGCCUCCAGGACUGGCAUAGCUGGAACUACAAUACGGACCUGCACAUCGGAUUCUAUCCAAGCUUUAUUCAGAGUCUGGCCUUGGGCAGCGGCUAUCGCCAGAAGGUGCCUUUCUACGUGAAAUCGUGGCCCUUUCCCACCCGUGUCUCGCACCAUUCCAUCGUCGACCCACUGGGAACCUCCUGCUGGUUCUCCGAUGCCAUGGAUGGCGGUAUGGGCCAGUGCAUCUGGAGAGCGCACGGUGCGUGGGAGUGGGACCGACAAAAGGAGCAGCCCGUCAUUUUGUGCGAUGACUUCUUUGAGCGGGAUCCCCGACCAGGAAAAGAACACAGUCGGAUCGAGUGGUAUCGGGAUUGCUACGCUCCCUUUAUUGACCGUUUCCUCAAGAGAGUGCGCAAAAACAACCCCCAGCUCCUUUGUUUUGUCGAGCCCAUUCCGAACGAGUUUUUCCCACCGUGGGCUAGUCCAGAGACAAUCGAGACGAUUUCUGAAGCCGAUCGAGGAGAGCUCAUGAUGGCUUCGUACGACCAGGGCUACGCCACGAAGACGUUCAUUGACACGAUUCGUCCAAACGGUCUCGUAUACGCUCCUCACUUCUACGACCUCAAUGUCCUCUUUUCCAAAAUGCACAACGAGAUGAGUGUCAACGUGCAAGGUCUCAGCAGGGGGGCAGCCAUCUGGAAAGCAAUCUACUUUGGCCGCGACGGACUCAAAAAGAACUACCUCAAGCAGCUGUCCAACGUGAAGAAAUACGGGAAAUUGUCUUUCGGCCCCAUGCCGACUGUUGUUGGCGAAGUGGGUGUCCCCUUCGACCUCAAUCACCGUGAAAGCUUGCAGAAUGGCAACUAUACGUUGCACGAGGAGCUCCUCGACGCCCUCAUCGAGGCUAUGGAGCGCAAUGAGCUUCACUACACUCUCUGGAACUACGAUCCGAACAACACGACAGCACACGGUGACGGAUGGAACAACGAGGAUUUCUCAAUUGUGUGCUUUGAGAAAGGCGGGGCAGAAGACCGAAAUAGGCGGAAGAUGGGCGAGGAUGAUGAGCUCUACGAGGGAGGCAGGGCACUGGCAGCCGUCAUUCGGCCGUAUGCGACAAAGAUUGCAGGUCUACCGAUCGAGUCGACUUGGGACUCCAAAAACUUCGUCUUCACGUUCAAAUUUGCCAACUCAGUUCCCUUUCAGUCCAACGACGGUCGAGCGAGAGCCGAGGCUAGAAAGACGGAGAUCUUUGUGCCGAAAUACCAAUUCGGCCCAGCGUACGCCAGCCUCAGGAUCGAUGUUAGCGAUGGCGGGUACGAGCUUGACUCCGAGAGUCAAACGCUAUACUACACCCCGGAAAAGACGCAGCUGGGAUAUCCACACACCAUUCGGAUCUCGACAUCGUCUCCGCCACCGCCACCGACGGUCACGCGAAAAAGAGCGCGAUACGGCUGGUGGCCUUUCAAUGCCGAAGCGACAUGCUCGUUGCUCGCUCUCUUGGUGAUUCUGGUGGUCACUCUCUACAUUGCCGACGACGUUUAUACCCGCUAUGCUGCUGGUACGACUCACCCAUUCGGUCAUGUCCAUUGA